CCCGGCGGCAGGGGGCGACAGUGGGUCUCCAUUGUUAUCUGGUCAAAGAGCGCCACCGCUCGCCGGUACAGUACAGUUAUAUAUCUCCCCAACAUCAGGUCCCCUUGACUGUCUCCUUCACAGCUGGCUCGCACACACACACGCACACACACACACACACACACACACACUCACACCGAGCCGGCCGCGGUCCUCGCAGUAUACACGGAGGGGAAGAAUUACCAGGGACCUUGCAAUGAUCUCGCUGGACCUCAACUUCAACAUUCUGACGAGGGACCUGUCACACUACCUGGAGAACCAAGUGAAAGUUGGGCUGCUCGGCUCGGGAGUGGGGCUGUCUCUGGUGCUGGGCUUUAGCGCAGCGUACACCUGCUACUAUCUGAUUUCAGUAGCGAAGAAGCCACAGCUCAUCUCUGGGGGCAGGAAGUUCAACCAGUUUCUGAGGGAACAAUGUCCGGUAGUGUCAGAGACGUACUACCCCACCUUUUGGUGCUGGGAGAGCCGCAUCCAGACCCUGCUGAGACCAUUUGUCACCGCCAAACCUGGGGUUGUUUACAGAAACGAGCUUAUUAAGGCAGCAGAUGGGGGACAGAUCUCUUUGGAUUGGUUUGACAACGACAGCAGCCUCUCUCAUCCCGACCCUGCCACCAGGCCCACGGUCCUCCUUCUCCCCGGUCUGACCGGCACCAGCCGAGAGUCCUACAUCCUGCACAUGGUCCAGCAGAGCCGGGAUCUGGGUUAUAGAUGCGUGGUGUUCAACAACAGAGGGGUCUCCGGUGAAACGCUACUGACCCCAAGGACCUACUGCGCAGCCAACACAGAGGAUCUGGAGACCGUGAUCGAGCACAUCCAGAGAACCCAUGAAGCUGCUCCAAUCAUGGCCGCUGGCGUGUCCAUGGGCGGGAUGAUGCUGGCCAAUUAUUUGGGGCGCAAGGGCCAGAAAACCUGCCUGAAAGGUGUUGUAGUCUUCUCGGCCGGCUGGGACGUAUUUGAGUGCACCGCUUCGCUGGAAAAACCCCUAGACCGUUUCCUCUUCAACUCCUACCUCACCAGCUGCCUACAAGCCUCUGUGCACAGACACAGACCAGUGCUCGAAAAAUCAUACAACAUCGACCAUGUCAUGAAGGCGAGGACCAUCCGGGAGUUUGACGAGCGGUUCACUUCCAUAAUGUUCGGUUAUCCCACCAACGACGACUACUACCACGAUGCCAGUCCGGUCCACAGACUGAAAUCUGUGCAGGUGCCGAUGCUGUGUCUGAACGCUGCUGAUGAUGUCUUCUCUCCGUCUCACGCCAUUCCAGUGGAGGCAGUGAAGCAGAAUCCCAACCUGGCCCUGCUUAUUACUUGUCACGGCGGCCAUAUUGGCUUCCUCGAGGGCCUGUGGCCUCGGCAGAGCACUUACAUGGACCGGGUCUUCAAGCAGUUCGCUAAAGCAGUCAUCGAACAAGGCAGCCGACUCAAAGACCUCUCCCGUUGAGAGAACUGAACACAGUGUUCCUCUAGUUUUACUUCCUCUUUCUUUUCCAUUAAUCCCUCUUUCUUUUCUUUCAUCUUUGUCAUCAUUUCCUUGCUGCAUUCCAUCCUUUAUCCCUCACAUUUCUUUUACCAUUCUGCAUUCCUUCGUCCCUUCCUCUGACCUUUUUUCCCUCUUCUGUUCUUGCCCUCCAUCCCUCCAUACUGCAUUCCAUCCAUUGUUCGCCCCACCACCUAAUCCAAUUCUGCCUUUUUCCUUCCCUCCAUUGACUUUCUUCUAUCUCGCCCUCCAACCCUCCUUCCCAUUCUUGCUCCACAAGCAAAAAAUAAAUAAUUCUUUCUUAUCUGAAGGGCACAUCUUAUUGAAUGCAGCAUUUUUUUUGUUGCAUUCUACCUUCAUUCAUUUAUCCCAUAGGUAGAAAGUCAUUAAUGCUCUUUCAAUGGUGUGCUUUAAAAAAAACAAAACAAGCAUAGUGGUUUCAUGCCAUGGUUGAAAAGCUGUGUGCAUCUGGUUUAGUUACAGCAGCUAGCUAAUAUAACAAUUCUGAGAUUACCCUGUGCAAUCACCUUCCACCGAAGUUAAGUACUGUACAUGAAAAUCAAAUUCAUGAAGCGUCCUUUAUUACAUACAUCCGUAGGAUUUUAGCCCUCAGGGAUUUUCUUUAUUUCCUCAUACUUCCUUCCGUCUGUGUAAUAUUGUUUUGUCAAUCAUGCAUUUGCAUGUUUUCUUAUUUAAAGGUCGACGUUUGACCAGUUGACAUGAAGUAGUUUAUUUUCUUUAAAAGAAUAGAUUGAGUACUUUUUUGGAGAUUUUUGCUUCUUUGCUAAGAAUUGGAUGAGAAGAUUGAUACCAACCCUCAUGUCUGUCAGCAAGCGGCUCAUUAGCUUAGGUCAGCAAAGACUCUAGCUUGGCUUUGUCCAAAGGUAAAAAAAAAUAAUCUUCCUACAAGAAACUUGUAGUUUUUUUAUUACUGUUGAAUAAAGUUAGGCUAGCUCUUUUCCACUGCUCCCAGCCUUCAUGAUAAGAUAAGCUAACCAGCUGCUCAUACGGGGCAUACUGUACUGUACAGUCAUGUGAUUGGUAUCAACCUUCGAAACCAUGUCCUCUUCCCUUAACGCACUUUUAUUUAUAUUCUACCUUUAUGCACACCAAAUAGUUCUUCAAAUGUAUAAUAUUGACAAUAAUUCAUUAAUGACGAGGAAUGUGAACUUGCACUAUUUUAGUUGAAACUAUACCAUGCCUCUAAUUCCUUAAUGCAAUGCACUUCAUUCGAUAUACAGUAUGAACGUGUGUCCCAAAGGCUGAACAGGAAAGGGUAUGAAUUUCCAUGAAGUUUUCUCUGCGAAAAUGUCGGUGAGUCCGUUCUGUCAGUCGGUCUGAGGCUGCCGCAGUGAUGUGAAUGAAGGAACGCUCACAGGAAAGCCAGACUAUGUGUUGGCUGUUCAAAAUUGUGGGUGGAUUCUUCGCAAGAUGCAUAGUGUUGUUAAUGGAUGCUGGUUGUCAGUCUUUUUUGUUGUUGUUGUAGAUGUUUUAGAUUGGUUUUGCCAACAUGAUCAGGCGGCUGGCUCCCAUGUAUGAGUUGGCAUCGGUGAAACGAGCAGAUCUGACUGGCAGCCAGGCUUUCGGUUAAUGCACUGCGUGAGGGAUUUUUUUGACUUCCUGUUCCUGUGGAAUUUUUGGUGUCCGUUCGUUCUGCCAAGUGUCCAUUCAGUAGCAUGUGUCUCAUCGGCAUUACCAUGUCCUGAACCAUAACAUCACUUCGCAAUCUGUAGCACAAAGGACAUGCUUGUGUUUCUCAUAGGAUGCUGCAUUUCAUUUUGUACACUACAUAGAAGAAGAAAAAAGAAUAAACAUUCUGUUUAACAUAUGCAGCAAUAAGAUUUCAAUUUGAAGAAGUGUCUCUAUAGUACUAGUACCAAAUAUAUGCACAUUAUUCACAAGAGUGUAAUAUGCUGAAUUUAAUAAAUUAUUAAACAGAGUCCAUUUG